CAGCCACCGCCGCCCCGCGCCCGCCCGGGACACCCAGACCCCGGCUCCGCCCCGGCCCCGCCCCCGCCCCGAGGGUUCAUUUGCAUGAGUCUGCGGCCCCGCCCGGGGCGGCUAAAGCGACGUGUCCUUGUCCCCCGUGGGCAGCCUCGGCGCGUGCGGCCGCGGAUCCCCAGCUCCAAGGGCCUCAUCUCCCUGCCACCACCUCCUAGGACAGCCAGUCCAGGGCCAUGAAGACCAAGAACCGGCCCCCGCGGCGCCGGGCCCCGGUGCAGGACACAGAGCCCACCCCCGGGGAGGGGACGCUCGAUGGGCCCCUGCCCAGCCCGGGCCCAGAGCCGGCCAAGAGUCUGCGGAGCCGGCCAGCCCGAGCAGCAGCAGGGCCUCGGGGCGGGGGCGACGGUGGGCGCAGGCGGCCAGGACCGUCAGGGCCUGGGGGCCGUCGGGACAGCAGCAUCCAGCGGCGGCUGGAGAGCAACGAGCGGGAGCGGCAGCGAAUGCACAAGCUCAAUAACGCCUUCCAGGCCCUACGCGAGGUCAUCCCCCACGUGCGCGCCGACAAGAAGCUCUCCAAGAUCGAGACUCUCACACUGGCCAAGAACUACAUCAAAUCGCUGACGGCCACCAUCCUCACCAUGUCCAGUGGCCGCCUCCCAGGCCUGGAGGGGCCGGGUCCCAAGCUCUACCAGCACUACCAGCAGCAGCAGCAGGCCACCGGGGGUGCACUGGGGGCCAUAGAGGCCCAGCCCCAGGGUCACCUGCAGAGGUACUCCACGCAGAUCCACAGCUUCCGAGAGGGCACCUAGUGCCUGGCUGUUGGGGGGGGGGGUGGCGGUGGCUGUGGUGGCCCAGCCUGCUUCUCCCAGCCCCGGCCUUCAAGCCAUGAAGCCCAGACGGGUGAUGACACCCCAUGAGGACGUGGCCCCAGCGGCUCCAAUUUCCCCCAACAUUCAGUCACUUCCCUGGAGCAAUUUUUCCUGCCCAGCUGGGGACCAGCGAGUAGGCUGUGGCCCCAGACAGCAGCAUGAGGCCCAAACCUCUGGGUAGGGCCCAGGCGGUCCUCCUUUUUCAUUGAGCCAGGUGGUCUCAGCGGGCGAUGAAAGGCCCUCCUUAGCUUCGGAACUAAACUCUCUUCACCCCAACUUCCUCCAGGGCAAGGGGAGAUCCCAGGAAAAGGUUAUUUACAGAUUUUCCAAGGCCAACGCCCUGCAAGGAACCCCCCUCCAACCUUCAUUGUAGGUCUGCAUGGGGCCUGGGCUUAGCGCCCUUAUUUGGGGUAAACUGAGGCCCAGGACAAGCCUGGCAGAGCCCAAGGCGGCUCGGGGCAGAUGACCUCACAUUCAUCCUCAAAGGUUGAAUGGUGGGGAGGGGCUGGAGUCUCUUCCUUCCUCUGAGUCCGGGCUCUUGGAGGUGGUAACUCCAGGCUGUGCCAGGUUGUGGAGGGUCUGGGGCAGAGUCUGAGGGGCACCGUGGAGCUGGAGCAGGAGACAGGGCAGGGUGUUCCAAGCACAGUCCUUCUGGGCAUGGGAGAGAAGUCCCGAGACCCUGGGUCACUUCCCAAGAUAGCUCUGAGGCCUCCUGCUCAGCCCUCACCUAUGCAGGGAGCGAGUGUGCACCCCCCAGCCCUGCCUCUGCCAUUACUUAUUGUCUCUGGUGUGGGUUGUCAUGUAAUUGGCACCAUGUUGUCUGUAGGACAUUACAAUGUGCUUGCGUCCUGGUUUGAGUUGGCAACCCGCAAGGCCCUCUGCAUGGUGGAGCCUGGGGGUGGCAGUUUCGUCCCUCCCCCUGCCCAGGUGCUUCGUCCUCAUGGCCAGGCCUGGUGACUUGGCACGUCCCUGCUGCCCCAAGCUCAGCUUCCUUCUGCUGGGCAUUCCUGCCCCACUAGCUCUUGGCUCUCCCCUCCCUCGUGCCUCUGCCCAGAGAUGUCCCAAAGGCCCUCAGGGCCACGCCAGGCCAGGGAUGUGGCUGCCAUGGCAGAGGCCCUGAGCUCUGGCUGGCCUGUCCCCACCAGGUGGCCUUGCCCUCCCAAGUUGGAGAUCUUGGCACCAGAUGCUGAAUGCAGCGGCAGGCUUGGAGUCAGCCCUGGCCACGUUAAGGACACAGGUGACACCCUGAGGAUCUGGCAUUGGCCGCUUUAGGCCUAACUUUCCUGGUCAGGGUCUCUGAAAAGUGGCCCAGGCACAUUGGUCUCAUUUCAAUGAGACUCAAUCAGAGGCCUGGUCUGGUCCUGGCCCUACCGCCCCAGCUGUCCUUCAGCACAACUCAGGGUGGGGACCCCAGGCUGCUGGGUCUGUCUCUUGGGAGGGGGUGCUCUGGAAGGUCAGGGUGAUCCAUCCCUGUGAGCUGAGGGUGAUGCAGCUGAGAGCUUGGGACAGAGAAAGCCUGGGCCUCCUUGCAGGGCACCUGCCCAGUGGGGACACAAGAUGACAGAGACCUCACCAUUGGGGACACUCAGGCACUACAAACCUGGCAGCUCUUGUUUCCGGCUGAGUUGUGGCCAGAGCAGGGCUUGGUUCGCCCCUGAACUUCCUGAAUGGACCAACAAGCUGAGCCUGAAAACCCAGAGGAGCCUCGAUCCAGGAGAUGGAGACCGUGCCCAGCAUCCAGCUAGAGCCCAGGCUUUCCCCAGGGCAGCAGGAGGGCCUGGGGGUGGCUGCCUUCAGGACAAUGGUUUCUGCCCUGAACU